UGGAAAAAACGGCUUCGGUCUUUUGCCGCUUUGACAUCGACCAGCUGAAAACGAGUGGGUGGAAAAUUCAAACCUUUUUGAUUUCUAACUUCAAGGAAGGACACCGUGUGAGCCGGUGGGCAGAACUCUGAGCCCCUCCACAACAGACUCACCUUCCAACUCAGACAAAAACGUUCAAGAAAGAACAUUUGGAGAGGAAGAGUAAUAGACCAAUUGGGUGGGCCUGACGGUGACAUCAAGCUCCACCAGUGGUGACUGUGGUGGGAACUUCCUGCCUCCACCGUCAAGUGAUGCAAUCGCACUUCCCCGAAAUUGUGCCAUGCUGUACUGCGCUGAGGUAUUUUGUCUGAAAACAUGUUGAAGGAUAGCCAGCUGGUCUACAUGGGUCUGGAGCUGAUGAUCGCUUGUCUGGCUGUUGCUGGGAAUGUUCUGGUCUGCUGGGCGGUCUACCUCAACUCCAACCUGCAGAGUAUCACAAACUUCUUCGUGGUGUCCCUGGCAGUUGCAGAUAUUGCUGUUGGGCUCCUGGCCAUCCCCUUCGCGAUCACCAUUAGUACCGGCUUCUGUUCCAACUUCUACGGCUGCUUGUUCAUUGCUUGUUUCGUUCUGGUGCUGACGCAGAGUUCCAUCUUCAGCCUGCUCGCUAUCGCUGUGGACCGCUACAUUGCAAUCAAGAAUCCACUCAGGUACAACAGUCUGGUGACAGGGCGGAGGGCAAAGGGCAUCAUUGCUUUGUGUUGGGUGCUUUCAGUAGGCAUCGGUCUGACACCAAUGGUUGGCUGGAACACAGGUGCAAACACCACCUCCAACAGCAGCAGGUGUCCUGAAGGCAUGACCCAGUGCCUGUUUGAAGGUGUGGUUACCCUGGACUACAUGGUCUAUUUUAACUUUUUUGGCUGUGUGCUGGUGCCCUUGGUGGCCAUGCUGGUCAUUUACAUAAAUAUCUUCAUGGCUGCGCGCCACCAGCUCCAACUGAUAGGACUCAAAGUUGCGCAGACACCAUCGCGCGCAGUAGCCACACUGUCCUUGAGCUCAUCUCGUUCGACCCUGCAGAAAGAAGUCCACGCUGCCAAGUCGCUGGCUAUCAUCGUGGGUUUGUUUGCCUUCUGUUGGCUUCCAGUGCACAUCAUAAACUGUUUCAACUACCUGUGCCAAGACUGCAGUCGCUCACAUAUCUGGGUGAUGAAUAUAGCAAUCAUACUCUCGCAUGCUAACUCGGUUGUAAACCCAUUUAUCUACGCCUAUCACAUUCGAGAGUUCAGACUGACCUUCCGAAGGAUUAUGCAUCAGCACAUCCUAGGACACAAGACUGGACAUGGGUUUGGUGUUGGGAGCAGCAAUGACAGGAAUGAUGGGAGCAGCAGUAUUACACGGACAUCUUUUCAUAUAAGUAAGGACGGCUCAUCAUGCAGCACAGUGGUGAAUAGUUACGUGUUGGACUCCAGUCCGGAUCUUAAUCUCCCUGCUCACAAGGGGUCCAGCAACCAAAGGACAACAAUGUUUGACCCUUCAUCAAAAAGCUAUACGACUAAUGGCCACCACAUAAGUGCUCUGUCACCUACAAAACAGCAACCGGGCAUCAUGGAAUUUGCUAUUCAGGUAGGACAAGAAUCAACCACAUAUUUCAGGGGGACAACACAUGCGUCACGUAUAAAAGACAGUGGAAGUGGCAUUUCUUUUGUAAAUGUUUGCACUCUAUCACCGACACAAACCCACACCGUCUUCUCUGCAGAACUUCAGGAAGCGAUAUAAAACACCCACGUGUUGGGUAACAUCUCUUUGUUUCUGAGAUGGGACAAAGUAAGACCACUUUAUUUAUACGCCACAUUUUGUCACUAACUGUAAGCGCUGUUUCACAUUAAAAACAAACCUGGAAGAGCUUCUCAAAUUGCUGAUUAUCACACAAUAGACUGCACAAUCAAUCAAUAAUUCCACACCAACAAACAUCUCUCCAAGUUCAAUUACACCAUCAACAAAGUUCGGCAGACGCAGAUGACACACGUGCAACUUAUAGGAGGAUCACACCAGACGUUUUGGUUGUAAUUUGCAUAAUUACAGUACACUGGGUAAAACCACAUUUGCCUGUCAGAGGGCCCAAGGUCAAGCAUCAGCCCACCCCCUUUUUUUGAAGAAAGUUGGUUAAACUCCCACCUGAAAUUAAAUUACUAGUAAAUUACAUGGAAUAAUUUAAUGAAUAAGAAAAUGACAAAAAAUUGGACACAAUCAGGUGAGGUAUUUGUAUAAUGGUAUACAAUAUUUAUUUGCGAUGAAAUUAGAAAUUUUAUUGAAAUCGGCUUUCCAAUGGACAUGGUUUUGGCCAUGCUCGUGCAUCGGCCCAUCCCCUCUUCAGGCAGAAUUUUGCAUGGAGAGCCCUGGGCCCUCUGGUGGGAGAAUGGGGUAGUACUUGGGGGCAUUAAGGGGUUUGGUCCAAACUUUUUAUUGGUACUGUUGGCCAGGUUUAAAAUUAAAUUCCUUGACUUUGACCUUUGCCAAAAUGAAUUCUUCAAGGGCAAUUUUGAGGUCAUCCUUCAUUGAUGGACCAACUUUAAUAGCAAUACGUAAAAGGACCUGGGAGCAGUAGAACAACAAACAGACCUUUUGGAAAUAUUGACCUCUGGCCAAUUUGACCUUGCUGGGCAAUUUUGGAACCCACCUCCAUAUGUUUGCCAAGUUUGGUGUAUCCCAAUGACUUUGACCCCAGCGCUUGAUCUUUGGUCAAUUUGAUCUUGUGUGGACUAUUACAGGACACACCUACAUAUGUAUGCAAAAUUUGGUGGACAGCAAAAAUUUAAUUUUAACCUUUGACCCCAAUGAUCUUGGACUUUUCCAAAACAAACCCCUUUGAAGGGCAGUUCUGGAGUUGACCGUCAUAUUCUCAUACCAACUUUGGUUGAAAUUGGCCAAAAGACAUUAGAGUUGGGCAGCAAAGAGGAAAAAUAAGCACAUAUUGCUCAAGUUAUAGUAUGAUACACUAGUGGCAAACAUUUUCUUGGUCAUGCAGCUUUGCUAGAUUGUCUGGGUGCCUUUGGUUUCAGUUCUUUCUGGUACACAGUUAAAAUGGCAGACUUAAUCCAUCAUAUGGAACAAUCAGCCUGUUAGGGUUUUUCUCUAAUGCAUGCAUUUUUAGUGUUUUUAUUUAUUUAUUUUUUGGUGGGAAGUACAGAGGAAGUGUUCACCCUUUAUUGGCGACGCAUUCAUGCAGUGCCUUAAAACCCUCCACAUCACUGCAAUCAUGUCGUGAACUUAAACACGAGAACAACAAUAAUUCAACACAGAUUCACUAUUUUUUUACUGAAGUUAACACUUUAUGAUUAAUUACAGUGAGGCUGAAUGCGAAACUCCUGUCAGAUUUAGAAGCUAAACAUUUUAUUCGCAGAAAUAGAAUAUAGGUGUCAAAACCAUCUGCUUAUUUGGGUAUAAUUACCUCUAACAGCAAAUCGAUUUGUUUUCAUGAGCAGAAUAAUGCAAUCUGCAACGUCAUCACUAGAUGAUACUAAAUCCUACACACUAACUUUAAAGGAUGGGUUCACUGUUUCAAGAUGUAAGAUGUCAAGAGAAAUUACUGUCCUUCUGUCCACCCUUCCACCCGUCUGUCUGUAUGACCAAACCUUGCAUGUCCUAAAACUUAGAACCAUAAAACUCUCAAUAUUAAAAUUUUUAUGCAGUAAUACUGGGAGGUUAAAGAUCUGCCUGCCAAAAAAUUUGGCAUUUCUGACAUUUUUAACUCAUUGAGUGCCAGCCAUUUUCAAAGUUCAGAACAUCCCAGUGCCAGGAUUUUUUUCAACAUUUGAGUGUUUUUUUCAA